AUGGAGCCAGAAUACUCGAGUCAGGAACCCGCGCAGCAGCCCUACGUAGCUGCCACAGAAGUGCAGCACGUACACCAAGUGCAGCCUGAGCAGCUGCCGCCCCAGCAACUGCAACCCGAGCCAAUGCAGCCCGAGCAGGCGCCUAUCGAAGCGGAACAGGAAGCGCAGAAGCACAUGGACCAGACCAUGGACGUAGCCGACGACAGCAUGAGCUCGACCAUUACCGCCUCGACUGUCACACCGCUACCAGACCUCACCCAGAACGCGAGCCUUAAUAACAGUCCCAACCCCUACGAGCAGCCUCACCGACCCUCAACAUCCUACUCAGACACCGCGUACCAGUACACAACACACAACGGGACGCGCUUCAACACAUCAUCAGACGCCGACACACCUCCACGGCACGGCUACUACGAUGCCAACAAGGAAACACACAUGGGCCAGUCGCAUUCGCGGCCCAGCUCGCAGAUGGGACGCUAUCCGACUUCGGAGGGCAACACGCGGUCAAACUCAUAUCAAGACCAGCGAGGGAGCGCCCAACAGCAACAACAGGAGGCCGCCAAAAAUGCCAGCGUCGUCAUCAAGGUCGGCAUGGUCGGAGACGCGCAGAUCGGAAAGACUAGUCUAAUGGUCAAAUACGUUGAGGGCAGCUGGGACGAGGACUACAUCCAAACGCUCGGCGUCAACUUCAUGGAAAAGACCAUCUCGAUCCGGAACACGGAGAUCACCUUUUCCAUUUGGGAUUUGGGUGGUCAACGUGAAUUCGUGAAUAUGUUGCCGUUGGUUUGCAACGAUGCUGUUGCCAUACUCUUCAUGUUCGACUUGACGCGAAAAAGCACAUUAAAUUCCAUCAAGGAGUGGUACAGACAGGGACGCGGUUUCAACAAGACUGCCAUCCCGUUUUUGGUCGGCACAAAGUACGACCACUUUGUCAACUUCCCGCGCGAGGAGCAGGAGGAGAUAUCUAAUCAAGCCAAGCGAUUUGCGCGAGCGAUGAAGGCCAGUCUAAUAUUCAGCUCAACCAGCCAUAGCAUCAACGUGCAGAAGAUCUUCAAGAUCGUGCUAUCCAAAGCCUUUGAUCUGAAAUGCACCAUCCCCGAGAUAGAAAAUAUCGGCGAACCCUUACUCCUCUACCAGGCCGUUUAG